AUGGCUGAAGCUGUUUUCAAACAUACAGUAAAACAAAAAGGAUUAGAAUCAAAAUUUAUAGUAGAUAGCGACCCUCCUAAUUCAAAAAGUGUUGAAGUUUGCAGAAAAAAUAAUGUGGCUAUUGAUCAUAGAGCCAGAAAAAUUUCAAAAAAAGAUUUUGAUGAGUUUGAUUAUGUUUUGUGUAUGGAUGAUGCUAAUUUACUUGAUGCAAACCGUAUUAAACCUGAAGCUUCAAAAUCGAUUGUCAAAUUAUUUGGUGACUAUGAUCCACAAGGUGAAAAAAUUAUUAGAGAUCCAUAUUAUGGUGGGAUUAAAGGUUUCGAAGUAAAUUUUGACCAAGUUACAAGAUGUUCUGAGGGAUUCCUGAAAAGUCUGGGUUUAUGA